AUGGGCCAGACCAUAUCACAGAUCUUUGGGGGCGUAGACCCCUGGUAUGUACCAUCGGAGAAGUUGGAGGAGUUGGAGAGUUGGUUCACAGAAUCAUAUGAUGAGCGAACUCAGAGACUGGUUGUGCGUAUUAGCCAGAUCAGGUGGAGGGCAAUACCGGCGAAUCCUACUAUGGCUAUUGUGCCAAUUGAGUUUCUUCAGGCAUUUGAAAGCUCACUGGACACUGCUCUUGACGAGUGCCUGGGCGAUGAGUGGAAAACCGAAUGGUGGAUACAUCGUAUCUGGAACCUACUUGAGUGGGCCGUUGAGGACUCGGAUUACAGAAAUGUGUCGGCAUCCACCUUGGAGCAUUUUCAGAAACUGGUUGAUAUGAGAGUCGAAGAAAGAAGCACAGAGCCCCAAAUAGUGUUUCGGCUAUACGUUGAUAGACUGAGAGCUAUGUUCUAUGCGCCGGAUUUCGGACUUUCUGAAUGGUUCAUGUAUACAUUUGCAAGCUGGCUUCGUUGCCAAAACUUGCCACCCAUGCCAGCAUAUCUAGAAUACAUGGACCCUCCGUUCGAGUGGGCUCCAAUCGAGAAUCCGGAAAAUGCAAUCGAGCGUUCAAUUGCUAACCUGACUCGUAGGCCCAUUGAAAACCUACUCGAACCUGGGGAGGUAGGGGAGUGUGGUAUUUGCCGACAAGAAGUACAAGCUGGUACGGACGUUACUGUUCUAGAGCCAUUCUGUUCUCAUUGGUUUCAUACCGGAUGCAUUCAUUGCGUGUUGAGAAUGAAUGCGGGAGGAAAGCAUUGCCCGGCUUGCCGUGCUCACAUUGUUCUUGAGGAGCAGUAA